UGAGGAUAGGUAGCUUUUCAGUUUUUUUUUUCUUUAAGUAGAAAUGCAAGCCUCCAACGAUCUUCAAUGACGAUAGUCAAUAGAUGUGAUUCAGUAUGUUAGAUGGUCCUAUUUUACCAUUUGCAUAAGUAGGAAUUAGUCAAUUGGAAGUGAUCAAAAAUCAAAAUGGCUGUAGUUGUGUUGGUGCCAAUUCGGUAUGGAUUAUAUAACCGUGAAAUCAUACGGUUAGAGGUAGAUUAGAAGUAAAGGCCAAAGUUGUUUUCCUAAUAGAAAAACAGAGAGAGAAUCAGCCGUCAAUACUUAAAAUGAGAAGGGGUAUUUAUAUAUGUGGAUUGAUAUGGCUCAGUUAGAAAAACCUUAGGGAGUCGCCCACAUGGUAUGAUCCAAGCUGAUGUGGCACAUUAACUUCAAUGCCUAGAUGAUACGUUGGUUCAGUCACGCAUUUGUUUGGUGAAUUGCUGUGCUGAUAAGUAUAGGGAUCACAUCAGCUUAGUUCAAAUGAUUAGAAUAUUCUUAUCAUUUCGUUGAGCACUAUCUACAAUAAAAGAACGAUUUUACUUUUGAAGACCACAAAGUGUUAAGAAUGUCUCUAUCAAGUUGCAUAAUUAGUUUUGGGUGUGUUUUUUAAUAAUAUGACAAAUAAAUUUUAUUUGAAUUCAAAACCAAUAAAUGAAGAGAAUAAGAUUGGAAUAUUAAAUUUGCAUAAUUUCGUUCCAACUUAUUAUUCUCUCAGUGUCUUUGCCGAGCAUAUUAUUUGUUAUAGGCUCAUUUUCAGAGAUUGAUAAAUCACAAUUUUACAUGGAUAUCAUCAAAUCAAGCAAUUUAUCAAAGAAUUUUGUUUGUGGCUCUAAUUUAAUAUUAAAAAUAAUAAGAAUAAAAAAGGAAUACAACAGAAACUCCAACCGCCCAAAUUUGGACAUGAAAAGAGGAUGAGAGCAGGGGAAGCAAUGGGUGCAUGCAAAGCACCAUUUUCCCAUCUCCUUUCUUCACCAAAUCCCAACACUAAAACCGUCAAAACCCCAUUUUUAAACCCUGAAACCACCAGCAGGCGCCUCCUUCUCUUCUCCUUCCCUCUUUCCACUCUUCCCACUCUUAUCCUUCCCAGCAGUAGCCCUUGCAGCAGCAGUUAUGCCCUUGGCAGUAGUAAAUUAGUUCAGCCCAGCUUCAUGGGUGCUUUAGCUGCGAGUUUUGACCCGGUGAGCCAGGCUGAGAGAGACGCCAGCACCCUUAUUACUCGGAGAGUAUCUGAAGCUGUGGAGUUGUUGGAGAGAGGGAAGGAGUUGCAGGCUCAGGGUGACUUUCCCAAAGCUCUUCAAUUCUUUACUUUGGUGGUUGAAAAUUAUAAAGAUUUUGCAUUCUCAGACUACGCAAGAGUUGGGAGGGCAUUGGCCUUAUAUGAGGUUGGAGACAGAGAAGAAGCUAUUGCAGAGAUGGAGGAUGUUUCAAUAUCUUUAAAGGGAUAUCCAGAAAUACACGCAGCUCUUGCUGCGGCCUUAUAUGUGGACAAACAUGCACCACUGCUAGCUGAAAAUCAAUUCGCAAUUGCAACUCUACUUGACCCUCACUUUACAGAUCUCUCUUACGUGAUAGAAACAAAACAUUGGCCUCCAAGUUUGGUUAGUUCCUUGCGACAUUUUAUCACACUUUCCUAAAGAUUUGUGCUGAAUAUUACAGCAUAUUACAUUUGGCAAAUUGUUAUCAAGAACAGCAUUUUCUGGUUGAAUUUAUACUAUGAUAGAUUUUAAAUAUUUCAUUAUCUUAUGAUUUGGGUGAAGAUGAUAUAUGUAUAUACACAUUCAGCUUAUACUUUCCGCGUCCAUGCUCUGUCCACCUUCAUUUUGGCUAAGUUUUUCUUCUGCUGAGAGUGUGGGAAGAAACAUGUAA